AUGUCGGCCGGUAUUCCAGUACGGCUUCUCAAUGAAGCACAAGGCCAUAUUGUCUCAAUCGAAGUAAACAAUGGCGAUGUAUACCGAGGUAAAUUGCUCGAAAACGAAGAUAACAUGAACUCAUCCUUAUACGAUGUCACAAUUACAAAUGGGAAAAACGGCUCUGUUAAGCACAUGGAACAAGUAUUUAUUAGAGGCAGCAUGAUACGAUUUAUAAGCGUGCCUGAUAUAUUAAGAAAUGCACCAAUGUUUCAUAUGAAACCUGGUGACAAACCAAAACCACCAAUAAGAGGACCCCCACCAAAGAGGAAGAAAUAUUAA